AUGAAUUCAGAAAUAUGGGCUAUUAGUGAAAACAAUACAAGUGUAGUUGAGGCUGCGCUUUCUUUAGCAAAUGAUGAAGGAAAACAACUCAAAUUAUUAAAAACAAUGAUUACUUUCGUUGAUUAUUAUUUAUUUUUAUAUGAAAUAUCAAGAAAAAAAAAUGAAUCUGAACUUCAAAUUCUUGCUCAGGAAGUUGCAACCGGAAAAGCUAUUGCUAAAGUUUUAGAAAUAGUGAAUUUAGAGAAAAAAAAAUUAG